CAAAGAGGAGCAACAGCAGCAGCAGCAUCAGCACCACCACCUCGAGCAGCCACCAAGCUGGCCACCACAAGCUAUCGGCUGGUUGUGGCGCCGGCUGGCAGCCAAAGGAGCGCUGGCAAUGUUGUCGUUAGCACCGGCGGCACGGUCAAUACGACCGUCAGCACUGGCGGCGGCAGCAAUAGCUCCAACAGCGGUGGCCUUAAUGUGACCACAAUAACAACAACCAGCAGCGGUUCGCAGGCGCAGUCGUCGUCCGGUGGCCAUAGCAAUGGUACCACCUACAAAAUCGAGAUGCUCGACGACGAUAUGCAGAGUCUGGCGACGGAUGAUGAAGACGAUGAUUUGAUUAGCAGCGAGGGCAGCUUAUAUGAUGGUGAUCUCAAUACAUUGGCCAACGAUGACGUUGCCCAUCAGCUGGCGGCUGCUGGGCCAGUGGGCGUGGCAGCGGCCGCUGCCAUUGCCAGCUCAAAGAAACGCAAACGACCGCACUGCUUCGAAACGAAUCCAUCGGUGCGUAAGCGGCAACAGAAUCGUCUGCUGCGCAAAUUGCGCGGCAUCAUCUACGAGUUCACCGGGCGUGUGGGCAAGCAGGCGGUGGUGCUGGUGGCUACGCCGGGCAAACCGAAUACCAGCUAUAAGGUAUUUGGCGCCAAGCCGCUGGAGGAUGUGCUGCGCAAUCUGAAGAACAUUGUGAUGGAUGAGCUGGAUAAUGCGCUGGCGCAACAGGCGCCGCCGCCGCCGCAAGAGGAUCCGUCACUGUUCGAACUGCCUGGCCUUGUUAUCGAUGGCAUACCGACGCCUGUGGAGAAGAUGACGCAGGCACAGUUGCGCGCCUUUAUACCGCUCAUGCUGAAAUAUUCAACGGGACGUGGCAAGCCCGGCUGGGGCAGGGAAUCGACACGACCGCCAUGGUGGCCCAAGGAGUUGCCCUGGGCGAAUGUGCGCAUGGAUGCCCGCUCUGAGGAUGACAAGCAGAAGAUUAGCUGGACACAUGCGCUGCGCAAGAUAGUGAUCAAUUGCUACAAAUAUCACGGACGCGAGGAUCUGUUGCCCACAUUCGCGGACGACGAAGACAAAGUCAACCAGCUUAUCUCACAGUCUGGCGACGAGGAUGAGGACAUGGAGCAGCUAUCCAACACACCCACCAUACAAACGGUGCAAACGGUCACACCGGCAACCAAUACAAACACCAGCCAACCACAACAGGUGAACGUGGUGAAGAUCAACAGCGCUGGCACCGUGAUCACAACGCACACGGCGCAAACGAAUACGCCGGCGCCAACGAUCAUCCAGAGCACAAACAAUCAGCAUGUAACCACAACAGCCACGUUGCCGGCAUCCACAAAGAUUGAAAUCUGCCAGGCUCCAGCUCAGCAGCAGCAGCAUCAUCAGCAGCAUCAGACAACCAGCGGCAAUACGGUGCACAUACAGGCAGUUAGCCACAGCUCAGCACAGCCGCAGACCAUACAGCUGACAACGGCAAGCGGCACGGCGACGGCCACAGCUGUGCCAACAACAGCAGCCGCUGUAAGUGCAUCAGCAGCGGCGGCGGCUGCCGCAGCGCAAGCUGCACAGCAACAACAGACGAAUGCAGCGCAGACCGUCACCGCCCAACAGAUAGCCAAUGCCCAAGUUUGCAUCGAGCCCAUAACGCUGAGCGACGUUGAUUACACCACACAAACUGUGUUGUCGCAAAACGCCGAUGGUACUGUAUCGCUCAUUCAGGUGGAUCCAAACAAUCCGAUCAUAACGUUACCGGAUGGCACAACGGCACAGGUACAGGGCGUGGCAACGCUGCAUCAGGGCGAAGGUGGCGCCACAAUACAAACGGUGCAAAGCCUUGCCGACGUGAAUGGCCAUGAGAAUAUGACCGUGGAUCUAACCGAGGCGCAGGAUGGUCAAAUCUUUAUCACCACCGAGGAUGGGCAAGGAUAUCCGGUCUCAGUGAGCAAUGUCAUAUCGGUGCCCGUCUCCAUGUACCAGUCAGUGAUGGCCAAUAUGCAGCAGUUACAGACGAAUAGCGAUGGCACCGUGUGCCUGGCUCCCAUGCAGGUAGAUAACAGCAACUCAUCCAACAGCUCCAAUAGCGUCACGCGCAGCAAUAGCAACAACAACAACAAUAACUGUAGCGUCGGCAGCGGCAGCACGGCUGCUGCGCCAGCUCCGCUGCUGGGCAUCUCAGUUAUCAACGCUAACGCGGUAGUGGGCCGGCGUAUCGCUGGCAGCAGCGCUAGCGUCUCAGCAGCAAUAGCACCAAAUGCCGCCCAACAGCAGCCGUUUACAUUGCAAGCGCUGCCGAGCACUCGCUUUUACUGGAGCGCAAGUCCGGCAAGCGGCAGUGCCAGCAGCAACAAUAUGAGUACCGGUGCUAGCUAUAAUCUCGCCAAUAACAAUAAUAAUAGCAUGCUUACUAACAACAAUAAUAAUAAUAACAACAACAACAACAAUAAUAGCAUAAAAAUGCCAAUGCCCAUAGUUUUAACAGCACAAACGACGUCGACUGCGCAGCGGCGUCAUGAAUCAAACACUUCGCGAAGCGCAACAGCGCAAAAGCGACGAAAGCUUACCAACAGCAGCGCAAGCGCCAGCAGCAGCAGCAGCAACAACAACAGCAGCAGUAAAGUCGCAAGUUUUCGCAAAAAUGCAAAGGAUGUAACGGUUGCUGCUGCUGCUGCUGCCGCUGCCGCAUCGAGCAGCGCUGCUGCGGCCAUACGUUGUGUAGACAGCGCCAGUCUGACAAAUGCGACCGGCGCGCAUCUGCAGCUACCAGCUAAAACCAUCAAAGAAGAGCAUUUGGAAUAAACUUACAGCAGCCACUGUAGCAACACGCACGCACGCACGCACACGCACUUACUUGCCACAUUUAUCCCCUCCCUCAACCCAAAGCUAGCUACUAUUGCACAUACCUAAUCUAGUCAAAGCGGCGCUGCAUGCACUCACACAAACAAACAAACACACACACGCACACGAACCACUUGCCAUUUUUACUUACAUUUAAACAAACAUAGCUGUACAUACAAACAAACACGCACACACACACACACACACACACACACACACA